AUGGCGGCUCCAACCGACUCCUGCGAUACCCUCAUAACACCCACUCCGACCCGCCUCUCCCAAUCACCCCCAGACAACGCCAGGGCAAUGAAGCUAGUCUCUCCCUCCCAAUCUGAUUCCUCGCCCCCCGUGGUUGGAAAACUCAUGCGCGAAGCCAGCGACAUCACCUGGCAAGAAUCCCUCGAAACCAGCAGCGGUCAGGUCACUCUUGUCCGACGGAGAGGGCGUUUCCGCUUGCUACACCAAUCCCAAUUCCGGAACAGUCUGCUGGCGAGCGUGGCAUACCUCGAGCUAGCGAACGCAGGAGACUUCGCCGCAAAUGUCUGGAAUGAGAUCCCCGUGCCGAAGUUUGCUGCCGUGCUCAUGGGUAUUGGUGGUACACUUGCACUGGGCAUGAUCUUUGUCGCUCUCCAGGAUUACCGUCUAAGUUGGCGGAAUGUUACACUUCUCCGAGCGGAACGGGCUCAUUUACAGCGCUUGCGCCAGUAUCAUGAUAAAAAUGCCGAGCUGGUUCAGUUAAUUGAUAGUCGAAUCAGUGUUGGGUUCCGCGAGCUUGGAACCGAGGUUGUCGAUCGCAUUGUUAUGGAUGUGCUCAUGGGUUUUGGUGCUCUGCUUGUUGGCACUGGGACGCUGAUGGCGAUUGGCGGCGCCAAUCCUCGUGUUUACAAGGCUAGUAAUCUGCUCUCUGGAUAUAUUGGCAACGGUCUCGCGGCAUUGUUUGGUCUUUUUAAUGCUGUCUGGUCUGGCGUUUUGAUCCAUCGUUUUCGUUUGCAUGACGCUGCUGUGUAUGCACGCGAACCGAGUGGUGAUAUUCGCCGUCGUCUGCAUACCCGUUUCCGUCGCUUCCAGUGGCAUGCUGGUAUAAAUGGUCUGAAUGGUCUCGUUGCUGGUGCCGCCUCCAUGGUCACUGCUGAGCGCUGGUGGGGAUAUGUUGUACUCAUCCCGUGCAUCAUAUCUCUCAUCCUGUGCAACUACUUCUGGCGUAAGAAGCUCGGCUACGACCGUCCCAUCCUGGGUUAUUCCUCUCCAGCAAAUAUACAGCUCACUCCUUUGAUCGAAGAUCUGGAAUAUGUCGUGCUCAUGCAACGAGGCCUUGCCGAGCCACAAAGCUCCCUCCCCCAGGCAAUCGUCCAACUUGACUCCUUGGACUCUAUGUUCAAAUUCAUUGCCCGUGAACGUAUGCUGGAAUCCUACUGCGACUCUCUAUCCCGCGACAAAAAGACCCGUCACCUCCUGGCUGAGGUUCCCGUCCUCUCUGAAUUCCCCGAUCAAAUCACCAUCUCGCUCGAUACCCUCUACACACUUUCGGCAUCUCACAGCGAAAUCCUCCUGACACACGCAAAAGGUUUCCUGCAAACCACAGGCGUCCGCAUGUUCACAUAUCGUGAGCGCUAUCUCCUUGAACUACUUGGCUUCGCCGUCUGGCAGGAUCAGAUGAAAGCAACGACUACAAAGCAUGAAGCUGAUGCAAUAGAUCAUGCCUAA